CCUUACUGAGUCCGCCACAUUUUAGGAAAGACAGACUUGUCCAUGGAAAACGCCGCUAACGCUGCCAAGAAAGCCAAACUUGUCACCAUGUCGUUCGUUCCCGUGCCGGAGAAGAGCCACUUCCCCAUACAGAACCUCCCGUAUGGCGUGUUCUCCACCAAGGGCAAUCCUCGGCACAGGGUUGGAGUAGCCAUCGGUGAGCAGAUUCUGGACCUGAGUGCCGUGAAGGACCUGUUUACUGGGCCUGCACUGAGUGGUAAACAACAUGUGUUUGAAGAGCCCACCUUGAAUGCCUUAAUGUCCCUUGGGUCAGCUGCCUGGAAGGAAGCUCGCUCCACUCUGCAGAAACUUCUGUCAGAAGAUGAACCAACUCUCAGGGACAACGCUGAUCUUAGGGCAAGGGCAUUGGUCCCACAGGCUGAUGCCACAAUGCACCUUCCUGCUACCAUUGGUGACUACACAGAUUUCUACUCUUCCCGUCAGCAUGCCACUAAUGUCGGCACCAUGUUCAGAGGACCUGACAACGCUCUGAUGCCAAACUGGCUCCACUUGCCAGUAGGCUACCAUGGCCGUGCCUCUUCAGUAGUGGUGUCUGGUACUCCAGUCAGGAGGCCGUGUGGGCAGAUGAGACCAGACGACAGCAAGCCACCUGUCUUUGGGCCAUGCAAACUUCUGGACAUUGAGUUGGAGAUGGCAUUCUUCGUGGGCCCACCCAACGAGCUAGGACAGCCCAUCCCAGUGUCCAAGGCUCAGGACCACAUCUUUGGCAUGGUAGUCAUGAACGACUGGAGUGCCAGAGACAUCCAGAAGUGGGAGUAUGUUCCACUGGGACCAUUUCUGGGGAAAUCUUUCUCCACCACCAUCUCACCCUGGGUGGUCACCAUGGACGCACUCAUGCCGUUUGUCACCGACAACGCUAAUCAGGAGAACCCCCCAAUCCUUCCAUACCUCCAACAUGAUGACAAGUACAACUUUGACAUCAAGCUGUCUGCUGCUGUCAGGGCAGAGGGCAUGGCGGAACCUGCAGUUAUAUGUAACUCAAACUUCAAGCACAUGUACUGGACCAUGAAACAGCAGCUGGCUCACCACACUGUGAACGGCUGCAGCAUGAGGCCCGGAGACCUGCUGGCCUCAGGAACCAUCAGCGGGGAGACUGAGGACUCUUUUGGCUCUAUGUUGGAACUCUGCUGGAAGGGAACCAAGAAUAUAGACAUCGGUGGGGGACAGACUCGCAAGUUCCUGAAGGACGGAGACGAAGUCAUUUUGUCUGGCUACUGCCAGGGAGAAGGUUUCCGUGUAGGUUUUGGAGAGUGCACAGGGAAGAUCCUCCCUGCUCUCACCUCUUAAACUGUCCACUACUGAGAGGAACAGAAACCACUACCAAACAUGCAGUCACUUUAGGAUGAAUUUUACAGCCUAGUGUGAUGUAGAAACAUAGGUUCCAGACCAUUCUUGAUCAAGAUUACAUAGUAUGGGCUAUGUAUCUUACUGCCAAACCUUUAAAUGUUUUUGUCAUGCCUACAAAUGUACAUGACAUGUCUCUGCUUUCCAGAUGUGUGUUGCACUAACACAGUAUCAUUCUUCCAUGAAGUGUGUAGAAGAAACUUGAUAAGAAUGCCCUAGUGUAUGUAGGAUGUAUUUGAAGUUAGGCUUACUUAAUGUAAAUAAUGAAACAUGCAAAUUUAGAGUGUGUUGGUUUGGGCAUGAAAUGGUCUAGUGAACAGUACAAUUAUGAUCUAAAAUUCCACUGUAGUUAUGUAGUUGUUGACUGCAAUAGAAUGAUGAUCAUAUCAUGGAACACACAUGAACUGCAAUCAAAAUACUAAAAUAAAUACACUACUACCCUAAUUAUGACUUCAAUUUUGGAAUGCUUGAUAUUUUGUGGUCUUCAUAGUCACACAAAGUACAAUAUAAUAUGCUUUUUUGUUGCCACUUUCAUAGCUAAGUUUUGGUUUCAAAUGGUUAAUAAUGCACUCUGAGUGUGUCUUGAUAACAACUAGGUCAUGUGGUGAAUUGGAAUAAAUGGUCAUGU